UCAAUUGUUUAUUUUCUUUACUCUGUUAUGUUAUCUUUCAUCCUCAUCAUCUGUUUCCGUAUAUACAUACAAUACAUACGUGCGGUAUUUACAUAUAUGCGUUUAUAUAUUAUUUGUUAAUUGGAAGAGGAAAUUAUCAGCUACUAUAUGAAUCGAAAUCACAAAAUUCCUUGAUUUUAUUAACCCUGGCUGGAUCAAUCACUCAACCUUCACCUUUAGGAGCGUAUAAGAAUGGAAAACCGAGGUCAAAAAAGAGCUGAAGCUGUAGAUGAAUGGCCAGCUGAUAAGCGAGCUUGCAGUUCAUCUGAAUUUAGGCCUAGUGCCUCAAACUCAUCAGCCCAAACGCCAAUGAGCUCAUCCCACGAUGCUGAUAUGGACACGUCAUCAUCAACGUCUGGAUCAACUCGAUCAGAGGGUGAUGGGGAGAAGGACUCCACGUAUGGUUCUUGCGAUUCCGAUAGCAGCAUCCGCGACUACUAUAGAAGGCGCUCGUGGGGUGAUCAAAGCAAAUUUAAGAAUGUACUGUCAAGAUUGAGUGAGGAGGUGGAGGAAUCUGGGCAACUGGCUGCCAUCACCGAGCUUUGUGAAUUGUUGUCCUUUGCUACUGAUAGUUCAUUAUCUAACUUAAUGGCUGACUCAUUUUCUCCUAUACUUGUGAAGUUGGCUAGUCAAGACAGCAAUCCCGAUAUAAUGCUCUUGACAACAAGGGCAAUAACUUAUUUGUGUGAUGUUAAUUCUAGGUCCUCAGGUUUUCUCGUCAGACAUAAUGCAGUUCCUGUCCUUUGUCAAAAACUAAUGGUGAUUGAAUACUUGGAUGUGGCCGAGCAAUGUUUGCAAGCAUUAGAGAAAAUUUCUCGCGAACAACCCCUUGCUUGUUUGCAAUCUGGUGCAGUCAUGGCUGUUCUAAAUUAUAUUGAUUUCUUUUCCACAAGUAUGCAGAGGGUCGCGCUUUCAACCGUGGUUAAUAUAUGCAAGAAACCCACUUCGGAGUCUCUUUCGCCUUUCAUGGAGGCCAUUCCUGUUUUGUGUAAUCUUCUUCAGUAUGAGGACAAACAGCUAGUUGAAAGUGUGGUCACUUGCUUGAUUAAGAUAGGGGAACAAGUUUGUCAUUCAUCAGAUAUGCUGGAUGAAUUUUGUCGACAUGGCCUGAUUCAGCAAGCUUUGCAUCUCAUAGACUUGAAUAGUCGUACUACCCUUGGUCAACCAAUAUAUGUUGGUUUGAUAGCAUUACUUGUCAAGUUGGCUUCGGGCUCUGCUGUUGCUUUCAGGACGCUUCUUGAGCUUAAUAUAAGCAGCAUUAUAAAGGACAUUCUAUCCACAUAUGACCUCUCUCAUCAUGGAAUGCUGUCUACUUCUGUAGUGGAUGGUCAUUGCAGUCAGAUGCACGGAGUAUUGAAGUUGUUGAAUGAGCUUCUCCCCACAGUAACCAGGGAACAAGAUAUUGAAGUUCAACUACUGUCAGACAGGGAAGCUUUUCUUAUGGAGCGACCUGAUAUAGUUGAGAAGUUUGGAAUUGAUUUGCUUCCUGUUUUGAUUCAGGUGUUGCAUUCUGGUGUGGAUAUGUAUAUAUGUUACGGUUGUUUAUCUAUAAUCAGCAAGUUAGUUUCUUGGAGCAAAUCUGACGUCCUUCUUACUCUACUGCAAACUGCCAACUUCUCAAGCUUUUUGGCUGGAGUUUUUACAAGGAAGGAUCCUCACGUGAUCCUGUUAGCCCUUCAGAUUGUCGAUACAGUUCUGCUGAAGCUCCCUCACGUUUUCUUGAAAGCCUUUACCAAGGAAGGUGUCCUUUUCACCAUUUAUGGUCUAUUUUCACCAGACAAGUGUUCGCAGUUCAUGUCUUCGGUGUUUGACGGAAGGAGGUUUGCAAAAGAUGAAUGUAAAAAAUCUGGUCCACCUGAUGUCCAAAGGUGCCCAUGUUUUACUUUUGAUGCUGGACCUGAAACAGGUUCUUGCAAGCUUCAGAAAGAUGCUGUUCAAAAUCUUGCAAGGCAUAUAUGGACUAACCACUUUUCAGUCGAAUCACCAAACCCAGAGAAAGUACUCACCGAUAUUCUUCAGAAGCUCAGGUCUUUAUCAACUGCAUUAACAGCCAUGUUAAGUAAAUCCCUGAAUGAUGUUGCUUCCACUCAAGAGGAAGAUGAAAUAUACAAUUUACUGCAUCAAAUUAUGUUAGAUCUCAAUGGGAAAGAUCCCAUUUCCACUUUUGAGUUUGUUGAGAGUGGAAUCGUGAAGGCACUAGUUAAUUACCUAACAAAUGGCCAGCAUCUGGGGGGUAAGGCAGAGAAUGGUGCAGUUGAUCAACUGUACAUUAUAGAAAAACGAUUUGAGGUGUUUGGAAGAUUAUUGUUGUCCUUCUCUGACCCAGCUUUGGAGGAAUUCCCACUUUUGACACUGGUGCGAAGAUUACAAAGUGCUCUAUCUUCUAGUGAAAAUUUCCCCGUCAUCUUGAGCCAUACGGUUAGACUGAGAAACUCAUAUGCCACUGUUCCAUAUGGGCGCUGCACUUCAUACCCAUGUCUCAAAAUACAGUUUGUGAAAGAAGAAGGGGAUAUUGGUCUGCGUGGUUAUACUGAAAGAGUUUUGAAUGUUGACCCCUUUGUACCUUUGGAUGCUAUUGAAGGAUAUUUGUGGCCUAAACUGAAUAAUAGGAAAACAGAGGAUUUAAAAUCCAGCUCUCAUGCUUUGAAGGAGAAAGGAAGCUCGAGUUCUCAUUCGCUGUCUGAUUCACCAUUGUCUUCACCUGAAGGAACGGCCAGUUUUGAACUGAGAACUGUAGACACAGGAGAUUUAACUGAUUUUCAUACUGAACCUGUAGAGAACGAACAGCAUUGUCCUCUUGAAGAGGAUGGGAGUACAAAUGCAGAUCAUCCAGGACAGUUUGAUAAAGAAGAUGCUUCACCAAAGUUGUUAUUCUAUUUAGAAGGGAAGCAACUGGACUGUACAUUGUCACUGUAUCAAUCGAUACUCAAACGACAACUUGAACUGGAAGCUGAUAACAUCGCAAGUGCAAAAUUGUGGAAUCAUGUAUAUAAAAUAACAUAUAGAAGAGCUGUGAAAUCCAAAAAUAGUUAUGACGAACAUCACCAUAAUGUAGCUCAAUCUUCUUUGUCUAGAAGAGUCUCAGUCUUUAAUUGCGCUUCGUUUUUCUCUGGCAUGCUUGUUCCAGAAGUUGAUGUGGAGAGGUCCAGUGCGGCUUGUGACAUAUUGUCCCUUCUUAAAAGUUUGGAAGGGAUAAAUGGGUUCAGGUUUCAUCUGAUGUAUUGUGAAAGAAUAUCGGCUUUUGCUGAAGGAAGAACUGAUAACUUCGAUACAUUAAAUUUAGCAGUUCAUGGUGUAUCCCAAAAUGAAUUUGUAAACAGUAAGUUGACAGAAAAACUAGAACAGCAGAUUCGGGAUCCUAUGGCGGUCUCUGUUGGUGGCAUGCCAUCAUGGUGUACACAAUUAAUGACUUGGUAUCCUUUCUUAUUUGGUUUUGAAGCAAGAUGUAAGUAUUUCCGUCUGGCAGCAUUAGGUCGAUCACCAGUUCACACUCAAUCAACGUCAAUUAGUAACAUGGGAGUUUCAAAUGGUAGGCAGCAUAAUAAUGGAAACUUUCCUCGCAAGAAGUUUUUAGUUCAUCGGGAUAAAAUUCUAGACUCUGCUUCCAAGAUGAUGGACCUUUAUGCCCGUCAAAAGGUUGUCGUGGAGGUGGAAUAUAAUGAAGAGGUGGGUACUGGCCUUGGCCCAACAUUGGAAUUCUAUACAAUGGUUUGUCAUGAGUUUCAGAAAAGUGGCUUGGGUAUGUGGAGAGAUGACCACAUUUCGCUUGACUGCAUGAAAAGCUCGGAGGCUGAGGAUUCUAAAUUUUUGGUGUCUCGUUUUGGACUCUUCCCUCGUCCUUGGUCACCUUCAUCGAGAAUGUCAAGUGGCAUAGAGUUUUCAGAAGUAAAUAAUAAAUUUAUUCUUUUGGGUCAGAUUGUUGCAAAAGCUCUUCAAGAUGGAAGGGUUUUAGAUCUUCCCUUCUCGAAGGCAUUCUAUAAACUCAUUCUGGGGAAGGAACUUACCAUGUAUGACAUCCAGUUGUUUGAUCCCGGAUUGGGUAGGGCUCUCUUAGAGUUUUGUGCUCUUGUUGAAAGGAAAAGGUAUUUGGAAUCUCUAUGCAAAGCAAAAUCAUGUGAGCUUGAUAUGCACUUCCGUAACACAAGAAUUGAGGAUCUUUGCCUUGACUUCACCCUUCCUGGAUAUCCAGAUUAUGCUCUCAAUUCUGCAUCUGAUUUAAAUAUGGUAAAUCUGUAUAAUUUAGAAGAAUAUGUCUCAUUUAUCGUAGAUGCAACGGUAAAAUCUGGAAUCUCUAGACAAGUGGAAGCAUUCAAGUCAGGUUUUGAUCAGGUCUUCCCUAUAAGACAUCUAGAGAUUUUCACUGAAGACGAAUUAGAGUGCUUGCUAUGUGGAGAACAAGAACUGUGGAAUUCGAGUGCACUUUUGGAUCAUAUCAAAUUCGAUCAUGGAUACACAGUUAGCAGUCCCCCAGUUGUAAACUUACUGGAAAUCAUGCGAGAGUUUGAUAAUAAACAGCAAAGAGCGUUCUUGCAGUUUGUGACUGGAGCGCCCAGGCUUCCAACUGGGGGUUUGGCUUCUCUCAGCCCCAAAUUGACAAUUGUUCGAAAGGUCAGUAUUAUUAUGCGUUUCAUUUUCAAUUAUGUUGAUUUUGGUUUUUAAAUUUGUGGACCGUGAAA